UUUCCCCGACGGGAUUGUGGGAGUCCGUCCUUGUCAGCACCCGGCCAGGAGGCCCCACCGCCUUGAGUUCUCAGAACUCCCAGCUCCUUGGACCCAACCCCCCAGCCGCCUCUCAUGCUUGUGUCUACGGGUUGCAUUGGUCGGAAGUGAUCUCCCAGGCGGGCCGCCAUGAACUGGAAGGUUCUUGAACACGUGCCCCUGCUGCUGUAUAUUCUGGCGGCAAAAACCCUGAUCCUCUGCCUGGCCUUUGCGGGUGUGAAAAUGUACCAGAGGAAAAGCCUGGAAGCAAAGCUGCAAGCCGAAAGGAAGCAGCGGUCGGAGAAGAAGGAGAACUGAAGAGACCUCAGAGAUUUUUCUAUUGAAAUGUCAGCUUGGGUGGACUCCAGCAGAGAAGAGAGAAGAAAGACCUAGCAAUUACUGGAUGUCAGUGGAGGCACCGCCAGCCAAGACCUUUAACUUAGAUGAUGAACAGCGUGAAUUUUUUAUGUUUUUAGAAGAACCAGUAUUUUGUUACUGAAAUAAAAUACAUUUCUAAAAAAG